AUCACAUCGCAUCUCUUGUCUCUUCGCUCUCCUUUCUUCUUUCUUCUCGUCUUACGAACAAUAAACCUGAGAAGUCCCGUCGUGUGCAUUAUUUUCAAGGUAUGCAUGUGACUUCGUGCUUGUGACUAGACAUGCGUCACAGAACAUUCGCUAUACGGACACUUCGAGUUCUGGACUUCCUCCGCCCGCAGGCCACCGCCGCUAGCACUACUAUCGUGUCAUGAAAAGGUGCCUUUCCUCAGCUCGUCCGCUACGUCUGCGUCACGGGUUUCCCCGCAUCGACUGUUCUCCUUUGAUCGGUUUUCCUGGCGGAAAUCAUGGCUAUCUUCCUUAUGGUUUGCGCUGGGCUACGUUCGCAGCUGUCGACAAGCGGCGCCAGAAGCGUGAUGGUGGCUUCUCAUCCAUAAAACUAGAUAUUUCAUACGGUUUUUUGAGAUUUCAAGCAUUGAGGCAAAAGCAAUUACCUCGUGGGACCGAUGAAGAGCUUAAAGAAAGCGAAUUCUGGGUUUCGAUGCUCGAGAAGCAUUUGCCACCCCGAUUGCGCAGGGCCUACAAUGAGGAGGAGAACGAGGAGCAAGAUUCAUGGGAUGAUACGCCAUCAUUAAAUCGAAUCACUUUCGCAGCGGCGGUCGAUGCGUCCAACACGCUAUAUCGAGCCAGAAAGCAUGGGCAUCUGGAUCUGCUAACUCAUCUUGGCUUCCGACUGAACAACUGGGCGGCCGUGGAUUUCAUCCUAGGUCGUCUGCUUGACGCCUCCGAGGUCAUCGAAGAGUAUGAAAAGCACUCGCGGCCUAUUACUGGUGUACAUUGGGCGCUGGAUCCCGAUGUGACCCUAGAUGAACUCUCCAGCCGAACCGUAAACUUUGCUCCCACGGCCACUCCGGCUCUCGGUCCUAACGUGUCGAAAAAAUCGAUACCGAUCAGUCUGGAUCAGUCUACUUCUCGGCCCCUUAUCGCCCAACUAAGAGGUGAAUUGAUGGCGCAGGUAUGGCAGACAUUGGGAUCUCUUGUGCUUGAGGCGGCGGAUGCUGCCCCCAAUGAUGCCAAGCUGGCUAUGUCGAUUGUUCAAUGUACUCUGGCACGCCUACACACAUCUGGCGCCAUAUCCGACAAGGUUUACGAAUUCAUCCCACCCAGCGAAUUCCAAACCACGUAUCGUCCUCCAGGGAUGUCCUUGCUCAGGUCCGCCAUUAUGGAAGCCCUGACCGAUGCCGCGUGGGCAAAGUACGAGGCUGACAUGGCCAACAAGGCUGCUGCCGCAGGUCAGGAGUCACCUUUCAUUUCAGUCAAGCCAAAUAUCCGUGAACUGGGGCCAUCAAUCUGGAUAGAGCUAAUUCUUUGGUGUUGCGUUGAGCAUGGCUUCAUUGAAGAGGGAGUUGGGCUGAUCCAGCGCAUGCAGGCUCAGAAAGCUGGUUUACCCUGGAGUGUCAACAACUGGAAGGAGGAGCACUUGCUCGACAAGCCGACGCGGAAGACUGAUAUUGACGUGGAUAGCAUAUGGCAUCGACCACAUCAUACGCUACGAGAUCACAACGAUGUUGGCAAAAACACAUUUGAUGGUCUGGGGCCCCGGAUCAUCAGUGAGGAAGUUGCUUGGGCACUGUUGGACAAUCUCCCAAACCCCACAUAUACAGGCACAGGUUUACAUGGCUUGAUGCCCAGCAACUUGAUGUCCUGCCUCAACACAUUAAAGUUCGUACUCAGAAGACAGAGCGAAGGGCCUUUGCAUUUGACAAAUUCGAGGAGCAAUUCUUUUCUUGUGCGGCUACUAGAAUCUGGAGGAUACAAUCCCCGAUUGGACCCUCGUACUCUUGCCGACAUCCUGCGAACCGCAUCGCGCUUAGGAUCGCUAUGGGACUUAUCCUACACACAGUACUUGGAUACGGAGCGUCUCAACCAACUUUCUCAGCGGACGUUUUACGAUCAAAGUUUGGCGGCGUUUGGCUUGUUUGAGUACCUCAUUAGAUACUUUUCGUCUCUUCAUCUGUCCCGAGAGGCGUGGAGCCUAUAUACCUGGUUACAGAACUUCAUUGACACAAGCAGGCGACAGCUGAUGGACGAAUUCGCUGCCUCUCCAUCAACUGCCUCCCACACUCCGGCAGCCGAAAGCGCUGGAGACUCGCUUCAGCCUUCUCUGCCAUCUUUGCCACACUUAUCGAACUUGACGCUAACCGGACUACUUGAGUUACUCACGGAUACACAGGCUUACAAGUCCGGUGCUUUACUGGUUUCCGCCGCGGACAUCGACAGACCUAUCAUCCCAAAGAGCCUGUACGGUGAUCCGAGCAUAGCAACCACAAUCCUUCGUUUUGCUGCAGACACCAAAAAUGAGGCUCUGGCUGAUUUGGUCGUUGGAUCUCUCCAGCAUCCACUCUCUAUCGGCACCAUCCGUGCCCUCAUCAACUACCGCAUUGUUCUAGGCCAAUGGAAGUCGGUGGUUUUGAUGCUCGAGUACCUUCGUGACCAUCGUCUUAAGUCUUGGGGCUACAGCAACGUCACCACAUUGGUUGCCCAAAUUAUUCGCAUAGAACACGAAGUUGCAACUCUACGCGAGAAGCAGGACCCGCAUGUCGAUGACGAGAUUGCCCGCCUCUCUGAUUCUCUCAAAGAAGCAAUAUCAAUACUCCAACGUCUAUUCACUGGGGAAUUUAACAUAAGCGAGCGCAGCGUCGCAUCAGAGAAUGUGUUCCGCCUUGGACAACCGGAGUAUCAGGCACGCGUCCUCUACAGUCUCCACCGUCUCGUCCUCUCCCUCGAUAUAUCUCCCGCCCUUCAGACCAUCGCCAAGCUCACCGAGCCACAUCUCCAAUUCAAGGCCACUCCACGCAGCUUGAUUCCCUACAUCCCAUCUACUGCGUUUCAAAAGGUCCUUGCCGCCGUCGUCGACACAAAAGAUAGCACUGCAGGCGUGAAACUAUAUCAAAAGCUAUGCUUGGACUCGGUUCCGUCGAAUGUAGAGCGGAUGCAGGCGGGCGGUGUUCCGCUCAUGUACCUCCACUCGGAACUCGUCUACGAGCGGGGUGACCCGUUUUCAAAACCGGCGUCCUUCCGGGAAAAGCAGGCCAAGUGCGUGGUACCGAGCUUGAACACCAUUCGGAUCAUUCUACUGAGCGCAAUGAAGGAAUACCUUGCCAUGCUGGGUAUAUCCACGAAUGCCGACAAUGACCGGACAGGCACCGGCGUAUUUCGCCCUCCUUCAUAUCUCGAAAAGCUCCUCAUCGGGAUGCAAGAGAAUGGCACAAUAGGUCAUGCAUUUGAUGGCCCCGUGCGCACCACUCUCCGCCGCCGCGAAUGGAACUCGACGCCGCCUCCGCAGGAGUCCAGAAGCGGGUAUACCCUUCACCCGCAGCUGCCUCCAAACAUCAUGCCGAGAUUCUCCUGCAAGUUUGCCCCAAAAGACAUUGUUCUUAAUUUCUGCAUUGUUCGAUACUUGCGCCUCGGAGGGGAUCCCGAUAUGAUCAAUCACGAAACCGGGGGGUAUCUGCAGCGACACUGGGACACAAUACAGCGCGAUCUGAAAGCUUUGCGCCCCCCGAUCAAGCUUCGCCGAGUAAUAGACCAGGAUACGCAGGUGGAAAGCCUGGUGAUUGAUGAGCCAAGGCAGAAAUUGGGGGGGUUGCGUCAGAGAAGACGUUCCUGAAAGUUCCUAAGUAAGUAGGGAGAGUGUGGUUCUAAUCAGUUUCCUUCCACACUACCCAUCACUGGUGGUAGGCGAGUAAUCACUCGCCCAGUCUCGCUUCCCUCUCUCCUUUUCUACAGGGGCACGGGGGCACGAACUGCCGUGUGCAUGUGUCGCGGUCGAUGUGCAUAUAUAUAUAUAUAUAUAUAUUGCUUUGCGA